AUGCCGCUCGCCUUGGCGAGCUCUUCGACGAACACACCAGUCGGUGUCCAGCUCUACGAGGAAAAGUCCACUGAAGUCGCCGUUACGAACGUCAAACACACUGAUCUCACACAGGCCCUCUCUAACUCGCUCGAGAAGAAAGCGAGUCUCCUUGACAUUCAGGCAAGCCUUUCCCUCAAAGUCCUUGGCGGUCUCGUCAAGGCUGAAGGGUCUGCGUCCUACCUCAAUGAUGCCAAGUGCAACAGUCAGGCGCAGUCGUGGACCCUGGUGCUCAAGGUCCGGACAGAGGAACGUCGGCUGUUGUUCGCCGAGAAGGGGAUGGCUACUAACGUCCUGCACAUGGUGAAGAAAGAUUACAUUGCCCAGAAGCGCACAACGCAUUUCGUGUCCUCUAUCAUCUAUGGAGGCAAUCUUAUCAUCAACAUGACGGAGAGGGCUACGGAGGUGACGAAUGAAGAGAGUAUCGAAGGAAAACUCGGGCUGGAACUCAAUCAGCUCAAAGGGGCGGUCUCUCUCAAUGCCAAAGCCGAUGCAAAGAUCAAAGCACAGUUUGAAGGUAUGAACUCUAAGUUUGACUUGGUCGUGCACGGCGACGUCGAACUCGAGAGUGUUCCCGUCAAACCUGCCGACGCGCUAGACGUCAUUCCUCAGGUAGCCAAGCCUCUCCUGGGCGAUCCCGGCAAUGAUGCACCUAAAGGUGUCCCCAUUUUGGUCACCCUCCAGCCCAUUCCGAAGACCAUCCUUGACGAUGCCCAGGUCACCGUCUCUGUAUACGGGAUACGCCAGUCACUUAUCAAUGAGGCUCUUGAGACCUUCGCGCAGCUCGAAGACGUUCGCAAUCGGUUCCGCGUCCUAACCGACGGGGCCAGGGUAUGCAAGGAUUUUAUUCCCAAGCUUGCGCAACGCGCCUUUAGCGCUUCAGAUGCAUUCAUUGCGAGCUAUGUCGUGCUUAUGCAGAAGCUCGGCCAGUUCCUCAGAGACAUGAUGACGAAGGGGAAGUCAGACACGACUAUGUCCUCCUAUGACACUUCCAAUCCCAAAUCUGGGGAGGACAAACAACGAGCUGUCAAUGUAGAUUUCAUGGAGGACAGGGAGGAACAGCUCACUGAUUUAGGGCUCGAGGAAUUCAAGGACGGACAAUUCACUGUUUUCGAAUCGGAGUCGAUAGAAGGCAAUGUUUACCGUUCCAGUUUUAUGCCAUCCGGCAAGGACCACUCGAUGUUGGACCAGGCCAGGUACCUGUACCAGGCACAUACCACAGUUUCGCACCAAACUCUAGCCAAAGAUUCGAACCAGGGCCAGGAUAGAAGCCUCGCUCCGGCCCACGUCACAGGUAUGCAGGUCGUGGGAGGCUACGAUGAGCAGCUUUCUUUUGAGACACCGCUCGUAUUUCUGGAGCGAGCCCUCCUGGAUUUCCAGCACUUUGUCCAUGAUGUUCGUGAUAUACCGGCAGGCCAAGCCGUGAAUGGAAAAGUGCCUCCUUCAAACCUGUCCACUUUCGCAGAUGUCUCUAGGGCUCCUCGUUAUCAGACAACCAUUCAUCUGUUCCUCAUGACUUCACUUGAGCAAGCUAGUGCCAACCUCGCUGUUUUUCGCUUUCUGGCGUUACUUCGGAAAUAUAAAGACGGGGACUCAAACUCGCGUCACCUCCUCUACGUGGAAGAUCCUUCUGAGCUUGCAACGAAAUUGCCAGCGGGUACAGCGUUUUCCCAGCUAACUUCGCCCUCUUAUUAUGUUGGAAACGUUGACGACAAAGGCGUAUUGUCGUGGAAACUCAUUUCUCCCAAAACCUAG